GUAGUGUGUGUGCAAUGCAACAUCCACACUGAAGAAAGCUUAAUCAUCAGCUUUAAGAAAGAAAAAUAAAUAAAUAUUUGGCAGGAUGGACAAGGAAUGUAAAUGUGAGGUGAAGCUGCCGGGAUUCAGAUUCCAUCCGACUGAGGAAGAGCUGUUGAGUUUCUACCUGAAAGGCAUGGUUUUGGGGACGAAGAUGAGCGGCGAUGUGAUCGGUUUCUUGAAUAUAUACAACUACCAUCCCAAUGAAUUGCCACAACUGGCGAAAACAGGGGAGAGAGAAUGGUACUUCAUGGUGCCGAGAGACAGGAAGCAUGGUGGCGGAGGGCGGCCGAACCGCACCACCGCCAACGGCUUCUGGAAGGCUACGGGGUCGGACCGGCAGAUACACAGCGGGUCGUCGAGAGUGAUUGGGCUGAAGAAGACGCUGGUGUUCUACGAGGGGAGAGCACCACGUGGCACCAAGACCAACUGGAUCAUGAACGAGUAUCGGCUUCCCGACAAGCCCAACAAGGAGGAUAGAGAUAUAGUAGUGUGUAAGAUAUACAUGAAGGCUACUUCUUUGAAAGUGUUAGAGCAGAGGGCUGCAAUGGAUGAUGAAUCCCCAAACUCACUCUCUCAACAUCCCAAGAGAGAGAGACCUUCUUCCCCCACUUUGUUGUUGCCCAACAAUUUACCUGAGCUGCAGCUGCCUAUCAUGAACACCACUGAUUGGAUGCACGAUUCCUUUUGCCUUAAUUUAAGCCCAUGGCUUGAUAACUUUACACCUUUCAUCCCAUUGUGCUAAUUCUUCCACAAAAUACCCUCAUUCUAACUAUAUUUUUGUUACUUGGAAGCGCUUUGUCUUUGCAAGACCAAUAUCAACCUCUUUAUUUCUACUAAAUCAACUGUCAUAAUGUGCUAUUACAUUCUCUACAUAAUUGGCCACACCCACACAAGGGGAUUCCUUA